AUGCUCUCAGGAACGUUUGUAUCUGCUUUUACCGUGCUGUGCGGAGCCCGGACCGACCUCCCUGAUAGGCAUAUGUGUUGUGUCUUCUGGCUGAACAUUGCUGCUGCUCUGAUUCAGAUCCUGACUGCAAUCGUGAUGGUUGGCUGGAUUAUGAGUAUAUUUUGGGGGAUGGACAUGGUCAUUCUCGCAAUUUCACAAGGCUACAAGGAACAGGGGAUCCCACAGCAGCUGUAGUGGCUGGGACAAGUAUGGUCAGAGAAACACGGCGAGAGAUUUCCUUUGGCAGCUGUGGGCCAUGGACCUUUUCAUUACCCUUUGUCUUUCUUCUUCUUCCUUUUGUUUUGUUUCCUUCUGUUUGAACCCGGUUCAUCUGCCCGUCCAGCGGAGCGGAGGUGCAGAGCAGCCGACGGAGACUUGCACUGAUCCCAUUGAGCAGCGGAGAUGGGGCAAGCAUGGCGUGGGUUAGGACUGGCCCUGGCCAGCACGUGGUGGGCGGCCGAGGAGGAGGGUGCCAGGAGAAGGAGACACCCCUGGCAAAGGUGGCACCUGGGCAGGCAGCUGAGCCGGGGGACCGGGAGGUGCUGCAUCUCUCUCCUCCCAGAGGGAAGUAGCUGAAGACGUUUUGCCUCCUUUUUACGCUCACCGUUAAAGGAAACCGGCUGUGAACAUCAAAUGCCAAGGAGCUAUUAAUAGAUAUAUGUACAGUAUGUAAAAGCAAACCAAUGGUACUUUUUUCCCCCACCCCGAGAGCCCAUCCUUGACUGUUUCGUGGUAGCGGAGGGCUCAGCCCAGCGUCCUCUGCUGUCUGUGUAUAUAUGAUGCUCAAUGAAGCUCUGUCCUUGCAGAUGUCUUGAGAAAUGUGCUUGCUGUAAAUCGUAUUCACUGCUGAACUGACUGGGGCCAUCCCCUGCUUCCAUCCACUGGCACCAUGCGAAGACCAGACCUACCGCUGGCCCCUGGGGAGACUUUAUCUAGCAAGGGACCGCUGCCCCGCAGCACCUUGCCUCUAGGGUGG